ACAACGGAGAACGAAAACACAGACCAAACCCAAACUGAAACGAGGGAUUCGCAAUUGCACGGCUCUCUCUCUCUCUCUCUCUCUCUCUCUCUCUCUCUUUGAGUCUGAGCUGUGACCGUCGAGGCCAGCUAUCGAGCGAGCGUCCAUGAAUGCUCCAAUAAUCGAUCCUCUCCAGGGAGACUUCCCGGAGGUGAUAGAGGAGUACUUGGAGCAUGGCAUCAUGAAGUGCAUCGCCUUUAAUCGCCGGGGCACCCUUCUCGCUGCUGGUUGUGCUGAUGGAACUUGCAUAAUCUGGGAUUUUGAGACCCGUGGGAUUGCAAAGGAGCUUCAAGAUAAAGACUGCAACGCGGCAAUCACGAGUGUCUGCUGGUCAAAGUACGGUCACCGAAUUCUUGUCUCUGCUUCUGAUAAAUCAUUAAUUCUUUGGGACGUUCUCAGCGGAGAAAAGAUUGCCCGCACAACUCUCGAACAGACAGUGCUACAGGCUCGUCUACAUCCCGGUUCCUCGACUCCAUCUCUCUGCCUCGCCUGCCCUUUCUCUUCUGCUCCGAUGAUUGUUGACAUAAUUUCAGGGACCACAACAGUUCUUCCUGUCCUGAUAUCUGAAGCAGGCAAUGGAAUUGCCCCAAAUGCACGCAGUAAAACUCCUGAUGGAUCAACCACUUACUCUCCCAGUACUGCAUGCUUUAAUAAGUUCGGAGAUCUGGUCUAUACAGGAAACUCGAAAGGGGAAAUUCUUAUAAUAGAUCACGGAAAGGUCCAAGUCCGGGCCCUGGUUCCUGUUUCUUCGGGUUCUAUCAUUCGGAAUAUUGUCUUUAGUAGGAAUGGACAGUAUCUGCUGACCAACACUAACGAUCGGAUGAUUAGAAUUUAUGAGAACCUUCUGCCCAUGAAAGAUGCACAUAAGGUGCUUGAUGAAUUGCAUGAAACCCUUGAUGAAGCAGAUGAAGUAGAGAAGUUAAAGGCAGCUGGAACAAAGUGUUUGUCACUUGUACAGGAGUUUCAAGAUUCCAUCAACAGGAUACAGUGGAAAGCGCCUUGUUUCAGUGGUGAUGGUGAGUGGGUUAUUAGCGGUUCGGCAAGCAGAGGAGAGCACAAGAUCUACAUUUGGGAUAGGGCUGGGCAUCUCGUGAAGAUCCUUGAAGGUCCAAAAGAAGCGUUGAUGGACUUAGCAUGGCAUCCUGUACAUCCACUUAUCGUGUCUGUUUCUUUGACUGGAUUGGUCUACAUUUGGGCCAAAGAUUACACGGAGAACUGGAGUGCAUUUGCCCCAGAUUUUAAGGAGCUUGAGGAAAACGAGGAGUAUGUGGAAAGAGAAGAUGAAUUUGAUUUGAUGCCAGAAACUGAAAAGGUGAAGGAGUCUGAUGUUAAUGAAGAUGACCCAGUUGACAUUCUGAAUGUGGAGAAGGAUUCAGCUUUCAGUGAUUCAGACAUGUCCCAAGAGGAGCUAUGUUUUCUGCCUGCAAUUCCUUGUCCUGAGGUUCCCGAGCAGCAAGAAAAAUGUGUUGGCAGUUCUUCGAAGUUGCCCGAUGGUAAUCAGUCCGAAUCUCCUCUUUCUGUAGAAGCUGGGCAGAAUGGACAUGCAGCUAAUAACGCUUCAAGUCCACUAGAAGCUAUGGAGAACUCCGUUGCAGGGGAGACUGAAGGAACCCGGCUGAAGAGAAGACGGAGGCCUUCGGAGAAGGGGUUGGAGUUGCAGGCGGAAAAGACUAAGAAACCAUCGAAAACUAUGAAACCAUCCGGUAGAUUGUCGAAAACUAGUAAAUCUGCAGCUGAGCCUGAAUCUAGUAACGGUGUAAACGGAGACUAUGCUUCUGAUGAUUACAGCUAAAAUUAUUCAUUUGACUUCUCCUUUCCCCCUCCCUGUGUUCAUUGACUCAACAUUCUUUACGGAUGAACUAUUGUGAAUGGUAGUGAUGAGCUUUCUUGAAAUAUUGAGUUCAACGC